GAAAUAUUACACAACCAAAUUCUUUACCACUGGCACAACAAAGUUCUGAAAUAUAUUUAAUGGAUAUAAGAAACUUUACAUGGGUAUAUACAUUUGAAGUUCAAAAGACGACUGAACACGGUCCGAUUAAUACGACUAUAAAAAUUGUAAUUACAACAAUUUGUGCAAUGGUAAAAACUUUUAUCGGUCAUUUACUAUUUGAUGAUUUAUGCUAG